AUGGUCUUCGGGCAGGUCGUCAUCGGCCCGCCCGGCUCCGGCAAGUCGACCUACUGCGAGGGCAUGCGUCAGUACCUCGAGGCGGCGGGCCGCAGCGUCAGCGUGGUCAACCUGGACCCCGCGAACGACCUGCUGCCGUACGAGCCGGCCGCCGACAUCCGCGAGCUCGUGAGCGUGGAGGGCGCCGCGUCGGCGUGCGGCCUCGGCCCGAACGGCGCGCUGGUGUACUGCCUCGAGUACCUCGAGGCGAACCUCGACUGGCUCGAGGGCGCGCUGAGCCGCGCCGGCUCAGCGUCGUACGUGCUGCUCGACCUGCCGGGGCAGGUGGAGCUGUACACGCACUACCCAGUCGUCCGCAACGUGCUGCAGGGGCUUCAGCGGCGCGGCCACCGCCUGUGCUGCGUGCACCUCGCGCACCACUGCUCCGACGCAGAGAAGUUCUUGUCGGUGCUGCUGGUCACGCUGUCAACCAUGGUGCAGCUCGAGAUGCCGCAGGUGAACCUGCUCUCCAAGCUGGAUUUGGUCGAGGCUUGGCGUAUUCAGCACGUAGGCCCGCUCCCCUUCAACCUCGACUUCUACACCGACGUGCUCGAGCCGGCUAGGAAGCGGCGUGGGCUGGAGGGCUUCGCGGCGCGCCACUUGAAGCUGUCUGCCGCGAUCUGCGAGCUGGUGGAGGACUUUGGCCUCGUGGGCUUCGGCGCGGUGGCGGUGGAUGACUCGGAGACGAUGGCGCGUGCGCUGCGCUCGAUCGACAAGGCGAACGGCUACUGUUUUGGUGCGACCGAGGGGGCGCCCGCUGGCGUCUUCGGCUGCGCGGCGGCCGAUCUCGACGGGGGACGACGAGAACAAGAAAAAGAAACGGCCACAGUGAGAGAGCUGUGA